UCGAUACUUGUUCAUCUUUUAACCGAGUUAGAGUGCUCGGCAAGUAAGCGCAACAUGGAUACGCCAAACGAUUUGAUGAGAGAAGAGAAGAGACCAAAAGUGUCUGAAAAUCACGAUUGGUCCAAACUUUAUCCCGAUCUCUUACGGUCGAUCCUCGAAAGCUUGAACUCUAUUGAUUUUCACCGAGCAAAAACCGUUUGCUCAGAUUGGUAUUCAAUUUGGAAAACAUGCGUGAAGCGUCCUCUUUGUCCAUGGCGGAUCACAUACGUAAAAGAUUCUUUGAUGUUGUUAAAUCCCGGAGAAGACAAGAUUUACAAAGGAACAAACGUUGGACUCUCUAACGACAGCUAUUAUAUGACUAGCUCCGGAAACUGGCUCUUGAUGGUAGAUUCUCAUCUCGGUUUCUACAUUUUUAACCUGUUAACGUACCAAAGAAUCGAUCUUCCAUCUAUGGAGUCUUCAAUUCGCGGUGGGAAUGUGAGAUUCGAGCGGAACCGCGAGGAUGGAUUCAGCGAGUGGGGACACUUUGUUGAUCCAUGUGGUAAGGAUUAUGUGGGGAAAGACAUCAUCAUAUGCCGAAGAUCAGCUGUUUUAUGGAUAGAUGAGAGAACAGGAGAUUAUGUGGUUGCUUGGAUUUUCAAUAAUCAUUACUUGUUCUCAUACAAGAAAGGAGAUGAUUCAUGGUGGAACUGGAAUGACCAUUUGAAUAUGGAAAGCCUAAAUUUAAGUUUUUUGGAUUUGGCUUAUAGAAACAGCAAGCUUUAUCUCUAUACUACCAAAGGUCACAUCAAAAUUGUUGAUUUCUCUAGAAAUGAUCCCAUAGAAGUAAUCGAAAAAAAUCUGUAUUGGGAACAUCCUUUUCAAUACUUUACAAAAGAAGGGAAAAAUAUUUGUAAGACGAGAAUGGCGAUUUAGAAAUCAGGAGAGGUUUUGAUUAUCCUGAGUGUAUUGAGUCUAAUAACGAAAAGGAAACUUUUGUUUUACAUCUUUAAGAUGAAUCUUGAGAGUAACAUAUGGGAAAGAGUAGAAUCUAUUGGAGAUGAUGAGAUGUUGAUCUUUGGUCAUGGGGUUACAAUAAGAGCACCGGUUCAAGAUGUUGGUGAUGGAAUCAAGAGUGGUUCAAUCUGUUUCGUUAGAGAUGACUUUCAGUUACGGCCAAUAUAUUAUCCUGCUUUUU